GAUGAAGCCUUCUUAUUUGUAUAAACUAUUCUUCUACUGUGAAAUAAUUCUGAUUAUCCUCAGUGCUUCAGGUGCCGAUGAUCGAGAAUUGGUUAGAAUUUCAGUUGGAAGUACAGUUAAACUUCAAUGUAAAAAUGCCACACUGGAAAAUCUGACACAAAUUACCUGGAGUAAAGAAGAGAACGAUAAACUUGUACAACUUUAUUCUUAUUUACAUACUCUCAACCAGACAUACAAAUCAAAUACUACUCUGAGAUUAUCGUGGACUCACAAGGAACCCUUCAGUCUUCAGAUGAAAAUACUACACACUUCUGAUGCUGGGAAUUACAGCUGCACAUUGGAUGGAGUUAACUUUCAACUGCAUACCAAAUGGCACCUUGUUAUUUUUGAUUCAAGUGCAAUAGAUUGGACUCCGUAUUUAAUUUCUACACCAAUAGAAAUCAUCUUAAUCUUAGUGAUUGGUUACAUUUGCUAUAAGAGAUGUUUUAUUAAACCGAACCAGCAGGAAUUCAUCGAUCAAAAUGGGCCCUCAAAUGGAAAUUCACUGGCACCAAAUGAAGUCACUUCUGGAUCUGAUUUUUAUGAAAGAUUCAAUUCAAUUUAUAAUAUGUCAAAAUAAAAGACUUUGGGCUAUUUUACAUGCUCAAGCACUUUCCCUGGAUAAAUGUUAUUGAACUGUAGACAUAUAGCAAAUGCUAUGGUCUUUAUGAUUAUGGCAUAAAAGUAUACUUGUGUUUUUGCCAGUGAUUCAUGCAGUGUUGGCAAUACACCGAACAAGAACUCAGGGAUAGUUGUAGGCUUUGAAUCAGAAAGCGAGACUCAGGGUUUUAUCAAGAAUCAUACAUAAUGCAGAAUUUGGCUCAUUGAAACACUGCAUGAGAAUGAUCGUCACUGCUCCAGGACUGACAGAUUCAAGCUUCUAUCUUGGAUCUCUACGUAUAAUCAAGCAGAUUCUUGCCAGAAGAAGAAAGUUCAGCGAGCUUCCCAUUCCUGAUCACUGUUACAGUGAGUUCAGCCUGAAACACGUGGGUUUCAGGUGAAGAGAGGAAUAGGCUUGGAAAUGAUGUCUUCUAUAGUUCACUAGCUGCAGUACAAUGUAUCUACACAUGGAACAAGGAUAAUUCAGGAAACUACCAAAAGACUAUCAGUCAACAUUCACUCCAAAUUAUACAGCAACCUGAAACAUCCUGCCAACAUUGAGAUGUCAAUACCAUCGAUUUACCACACCGAGAUGUAUGUGCAAAGUAAUUUAAAGGGCCUGUGCUCUUCAUCAAAUCACCUAA